AUGAUGAUGAUCAAACAUUUCUGUCCAUCAAAUCCGACUAUUUGCUUAUGUCGAACUGUACAAGUAUUUCCAAAAUCAAUUUAUUAUCUAUCGACUAAUGUUGAUUCACUAACAAAUGAAAAUAAGAAACAGAAAAUUCAUUCACAAUAUCCAUUACUUGAUACAAAAUUUAAUCAAUAUCGAAUAGCUUAUCAUUAUCGACGAAGUAUUGAACUUUUACGAGGUUAUCUUGUCUUUCGGAUAUUUUCAAUACAUGCUUUUGUUAAUCAUCAAGAUAAAAUUGCUUAUUGGGGUCGUCGCAUUCUUGGUGAUCGGUUAUUUAAAAAUAUUUUAAAAGUGACUGCAUUUGGUCAUUUUGUUGGUGGCGAAACUCCAAAAGAAAUAACACCUGCCAUUAAAAGACUACUAAAUUAUAAUGUCAAACCUAUUUUAGAUUACAGUGUAGAAAGUGAUGAUAACAGUCCAUUAUCAUCAUCAAGUCAAAUUGAUCUUAUGCAUGAUCAUAAUACAACUAAAUUUAUUGAAUGUAUUCAAACAUCACAUGAUCUUUGCGGUCCAAAUAAUUUAGUUGCUAUAAAAGUAACUGCUUUAAUUCGACCAAAUGUAUUAAAGAAAUUUAAUACAAUAUUAAAAUCUAUGAAAAAUCGUUCGUCAUUACCACCAUUAUUUGAAUUAAUCAAUCAAGAACAAACAAAUAAUAAAAUAGUUGUUCUUUUUCAAGAUUCUGUUAAUAAAAAUUUAAAAGAAGAUCAAAACCAAAUAUCUUCAAAUGUUACAUUCUUGCCUGAUGAUUUAACAGAAAUUCAUAAUCUUCUUAUACGAUUAAAUAAAAUAGCUGAAGCAUGUCUUAAACAUCAAAUUUCGAUUAUGAUUGAUGCUGAACAAACAUAUUUUCAAACUGCAAUUAAUUAUCUUGCAACUGAAUUACAACGAUAUUAUAAUAAAUCAAAUACACCUGUUAUUUAUGGAACUUAUCAAUGUUAUUUAAAAGAUACAUUGAAUUCUCUGAAAUAUGAUCUUGCUCUAGCAGAAAAAUAUAAUUAUAUAUUUGCAGCUAAACUUGUACGAGGUGCAUAUAUGGAACAAGAAAAUCGUUUAGCACGAGAAUACGGAUAUGAAAGUCCAAUAAAUCCAAGCUUUGAAGCCACAUCUCAAAUGUAUCAUACAUGUCUUGAUGAAGUAUUAAAUAAUAUUGCUAAACGUAAGCCUGAACAAGUCAGAAUUAUGGUUGCUUCACAUAAUGAAGAUACUGUUCGAUAUGCAAUUCAAGAAAUGAAAGAUUAUGAUAUUCGUCAUGAUUCAUCAAUUGUUUCAUUUGCAUCACUUUAUGGCAUGAAUGAUUAUGUUGCCUUUGCUUUAGCUAACUCCGGUUAUACAACAUACAAAUAUUUACCAUAUGGACCUAUUGAAGUAUUACAACCAUAUUUAUUUCGACGUGCUCAAGAAAAUCGUGCGAUUUUUGAGAAAGCUGGUAAAGACAGACGUUUUCAUUUUAAAGCAUUGAAAGAUCGAAUGUUUAAUUCAAAAAAUUAA